ACAGCUUUCAGGGGAAAGAUGGCGACCCGAGUCCUUCAAAGAGUGGGCAAAGGCCUUAAACAGACGAAAAAUGGGCUUCAGGCGAAUGGACAGGUCACGGUUGUCGUAAGGUUGGAGUUUCGCAAAUUGAAUUCGCCAGUGCAGAUGUAGAAAUGCUACUUAAAAUGUGUUUAGCUUCAGCAGAGUUGACACCAAUGACAAAGUCCGGUAUGCUAGGUGGCUAAGCUAACGCUAAAGUGAACGCUAACGUAGGCACGUUGGCUACGUUUAGAUCACAGUGUAACGUAGCUAGCAUUAGCCCUCUAGCUCUAAACCUGCUAACAUUCUGCUAAUGCUAAUUAUUACCCUCCCGAAUUACAAAGUUGUGAAGCAACUUGUGUUAGCACUUAUCAUUUCGUACUUCAUAAUUUUGUGCGUUGAAUUAUAGUUUCCAUGUGCAGAAGUAAUACAAAAGCACAACUGAGUUUGUCAGUCCCAAAGAGAAUUCAACUUCAAGGUCAAAAAAUGGAUCGCUGCACAGCAGUACUUGUUUUGAUUAGCAGAUGACCGUUUCUUGGUGCGGCAGGACCCUAUCAGGUUUCCGUGAAGACAGCUGGUUCAAGUCUCUGUUUGUUAGAAAGGUCGACCCCCGAAAAGACGCUCACUCUCAUCUGCUCGCCAAGAAGGAAGACAACAAUCUGUACAAAAUACAGUUUCACAAUGUCAAGCCUGAGUGCCUCGAUGCUUACAAUGAACUCUGUGAGAACGUCUUGCCUUCUAUUCACGCUGACCCUGAAUACCCUUGUGAGCUUGUGGGCACCUGGAACACAUGGUACGGAGAGCAGGAUCAGGCAGUUCACCUGUGGAGAUAUCGGGGAGGAUACCCGGCUCUCACCGAAGUCAUGAACAAACUCAGGCAGAAUAAGGAGUUUACGGACUACAGAAACGAGAGGGGGAAGAUGCUGCUGUCUCGUAGGAACCAGCUGCUGCUGGAGUUCAGUUUCUGGAACGAACCUGUCCCUCGUCCAGGACCCAAUAUCUAUGAGCUCAGAUCAUACCAACUCAGGCCAGGGACGAUGAUCGAGUGGGGAAAUUACUGGGCACGUGCUAUUGAGAUUCGCCAGCAGAACCAGGAGGCGGUGGGAGGCUUUUUCUCACAGAUUGGAAGUCUGUACACAGUUCACCACUUAUGGGCUUACAAAGACCUUCAGUCCAGAGAAAACACCAGAAAUGCAGCCUGGCAGCGUGAUGGCUGGGAUGAGGUUGUCUAUUACACUGUCCCUCUUAUUCAGCACAUGGAAUCUAGAAUAAUGAUUCCCAUGAAGAGUUCGCCCUUGAAGUAACCACAAACAGCGGGGGGAACCUCUCAACAGCCACUGCAACUACCACACUGAUCUGUAGAGAGUGUAACCAACCAUCGGAGUGUGCACUGCCAGGGAUAUCUGCAUAACAUCAACAUGUUGUUUCAGUUUUUGUUUCCUUUCUUCUAUGUUUCUUUACUCCCCUUUUCUGCGUGGGCCUAGAAUGUCUUCUUUCAGAUGACGAGGUUAAAAUGAUUGUCACCAAAACUGUAUCUGUUAUAGCAGUUACAGUGUUACUGAUCCAUUAAUGCGCCGUGUGUAGACAAACUAUGAUUUGACGCACUCUUCACUGUCUCUCUGUCAUUUAAAGGGUCAGAUUUUAAAUGGCUUGUUUAAUUUUUUUUAUGACGAUAUAAAAACUGCUUUCAUCAGUGUUCGAGUGCUGAGAUACCGGAGAGAGAUUUUAAUCAAACAUUUAGCAGUUCUAGUGCUGGUCACACGGGCUGAAAAUGUCUUUUAUAAAAAUGUGAUAAAAAAAGAAAACAUGACUUGUAAGCCCUGUCGUCUAGCAUUGAUAACAAAUCAAACAAAAGUAACUGCCUCCAGUAUCUCACAACAAAAACACAGCGUGCAGAGAUCAUGUUAUAUGUUACAGGUGAUGGUCAGUUUUACAAAGAGGAGCAUGCCGUUUACAAAUCAGUGUACAGUCACAAUCUCUGACAAUGAAGCUGAUUGUCAGAGAUCGUGACCUGUGUUGCAGGGCCACAGUCAGACUCCAGCUUUAUAUUCAGUGAAAGUUCACCAGGUGUCCACUCCUCCAGAAAAUGUGGCUUAAUGUUUACAUGGCCUUGAACCAGCCAGCUGAUUCUGGUGUGUACCAGUAAUUUGUUUCAAAAUGAGUUGGAUGGAUGAAAGGAUUCAUAACGACAAUGUUAUGAAGACAAAAAUUGACAAACACACUGCAGAGUGUCAGACUGGUCAAAACAGGAAGCUAGACUUUGAUUUAGUCUUUUUCAUUCUCGCUGGAUAUGUGUAUAGUUGUUUGGGUGAAGUUGUGCUGAAUCCCCCUGAAGGAGCAAUUUUCCCUGUUUGCGUCUCCUCUGUUAAACUGACCACAUCUCCAGAUUCUUUUCUAGCUUUAACAUCAUGACACUUCUGGCUCUCCCAGCUGUGGGGAGGGGGAACAAGAUGAUUCAAAUGUUUAGAAGUUAUUUUUUAUUUUAGCACAAAUAAUCAGUAGCUACACACUGCUGUACACGGACUGGUUUGGUCUGUCCCUGUUUCAAGCAAUUAAUGCCAACCGGGUGAUUGUGUGCUCUAACUGAGAUUAGUAGGUUGGUUUUUGUUUUUGUUUUUUUUAAAUUGUAGAUAUGCAUAGUGGGCUUAUUGAUCAAGCCAGAGAUACGGUCAAGCCUGUAUCUGUAAAUGAAGUGAGGUAUUCUCAUGUUGGUAAACAAGUGGACAGGAGAGCAGUAAUAUCUCAAUGUGGUAAAUGCAAAUUGCAGUGCUUUAAUAAGAUUAGUUGUACAUAUUGAAUUAAACUUCAGAUGAAAAUGGAAAAAA